UGACUACAUCCCCGUGGGUCUGUUUCUGGCUUCUGACUUCUUUUGCAUUGAUCUUUUUAUUUAUCCUUGGGCCAGUAUCACACCGCUUUAAUUACUAAGGCUUUAUACUCCGUAGCACACAUUCUUCCACUUUGUGUCCCCUGCCCUCUUCCCCAAGAGUGCACGGAACUCAAACCGUGACCUUCCGAAUUUCCCUCCGAAGAUGGAGGGACGGCACUUACGCUGCUGGACGCAAUUCAGACCUCCGCAUCCAACCCCUCCUACCUGCGCCUUGAGGCGCGCCCGCCCAGCGCGCAUGCGCAGCGUCAUGGCUGGGCGAGGGAAAAAUACGUCACCGGAGAGGCGGGAGGAUGGGGUUGAUUCGUUCUCCAUGGCCUCCGCAACGACUAGAAAGAGUCUGCUGAGGGCGAGGGUCAUGGACCUCAUCACCUCCACGGCCAUCCUGCCCCUGCUGUUGGGCUGCGUGGGCGUCUUCGGCCUCUUCGAGCUGCUGCGGUGGCUGCGCGCCAGCGCCCACGUCCGGGACGCCGUGGUGGUCGUUACGGGCGCCACGUCGGGCCUGGGCCGAGAAUGUGCCAGAGUUUUCCAUGCCGCCGGCGCUAAGCUGGUGCUCUGUGGCCGGAACGCCGAGGCCCUGGAGGAGCUCACCCGAGAACUUGCUGCUUCCCAGGCUACCGAGGUGCAGACUCACAAGCCUUACACGGUGACCUUCGACCUCACGGACCCUGGGGCCAUAGUGGGGGCCGCCGCGGAGAUCCUGCAGCGCUUUGGCUAUGUGGACGUGCUCAUCAACAACGCUGGGAUCAGCUACCGCGGCACCAUUGUGGACACCAGCCUCGACGUGGACAAGAGAGUCAUGGAGACAAACUACUUUGGUCCAGUUGCUCUGACGAAAGCGCUCCUGCCCUCCAUGAUCAGAAGGCGCCAGGGCCACGUCGUCGCCAUCAGCAGUAUCCAGGGCAAAAUCAGCGUUCCCUUCCGAUCCGCAUACGCGGCCUCCAAACACGCGACCCAGGCCUUCUUCGACUGUCUGCGGGCCGAGGUAGAGCAGCAUGACAUCGAGGUGACCGUCGUCAGCCCCGGAUACAUCCACACCAACCUCUCCCUCAACGCCGUCAGGGCCGACGGGUCCAAGUACGGAGUGAUGGACGAGACCACGGCCCAGGGCCGAAGCCCCUCGCAGGUGGCCCGAGACGUGCUGGCUGCCGUGGGGAAGAAAAAGAAGGACGUGGUCCUGGCCGAUGUGGCGCCUUCCCUGGCUGUUUACUUGCGGACUCUGGCCCCCAGGCUCUUCUUCAGCCUCAUGGCCUCCCGGGCCAGGAAGGAGCGGAAACCCAAGCGUUGCUAGUGCCUGUCCGGGCAGGCGGCGCGCAGCACAGCUGCUCCACGGGGACAGGUGUGUGUGCGUGGACUGCACUGGAUUCUUGCCUCACGGGGGGGGAG